AUGGAAUGGGAGCGAAUGGAGGGUAGUGAGAGGAAGGGCAUUACGUCGCUCGUCACUCGCGUAUUUGUACGAGGACGCGGGAAAAGCCGGCCCAUGGUGGUUCUUAAUCUGUGCGCCGGCUUGCAGCCGCUGUCAGUUGUGUCGACGGAGGGGAGUGGAUUGGGGAAGGGAGGGGCGCCAUUAACGCGCGGCGAUGGACCGCUUCGGAUCGGCUUACUGACGGACGGACGGACGGGCCGUUGCCCAUUUAACGGGCCGUUGCGGCCGCCCUUUCUUUCUUUCCUUCCGACCCCCCUCCCCUUCGCGCCGCAGCCGCUCACCCCCCUGCGCCCCCGCGCGGCGCCCAUCUGGUCGCCG